AUGGGAGCACAAUCGAAACCCGAAAUUUCGCCCUGGGCACGCGCAUCGGCAGGAGCUACGGGAGCGGUCCUUGCGAACGCCUUGGUGUACCCUCUGGAUAUUGUUAAGACCAGGCUUCAGGUGCAAGUCCGCCAAGACAAGGCUUCCUCCGACUCGGACAGCCCGCAUUACACGUCGACUUGGGAUGCAAUUUCGCGGAUUGUGGCAGACGAUGGAAUCCAAGGCUUGUAUACGGGUAUAAAUGGCUCCCUUAUCGGCGUUGCAUCAACAAACUUUGCAUACUUUUACUGGUAUACUGUCGCCAGGUCUUUGUAUGUGAAAACAAACAAGGUUCCUGGUCCGCCACCGUCGAUGGCCGUGGAACUCGCUCUCGGGGCUGUUGCCGGUGCCCUCGCGCAACUCUUUACAAUUCCUGUGGCUGUAGUAACAACGCGCCAGCAAACUGCGCGAGCCGACGAGCGAAAGAGCCUCCUAGCCACAGCCCGCGAGGUUAUUGAGGGGCCAGACGGCGUGUCCGGAUUAUGGCGCGGCCUCAAGGCCAGCUUGGUGCUUGUCGUCAACCCUGCCAUCACAUACGGAGCAUACGAACGACUCAGGACCGUUUUCUUCAACGGAAAAUCCUCAUUGCGACCAUGGGAGGCGUUCUUAUUGGGGGCUCUAUCAAAGGCCCUGGCGACUAUCGCCACCCAGCCUCUAAUUGUCGCCAAGGUUGGUCUGCAAUCAAAGCCUCCACCGGCGAGGAAAGGCAAGCCGUUCAAGAGUUUUGUUGAAGUUAUGCAGUUCAUCAUAGAGAAUGAAGGACUUUUGUCGCUGUUCAAAGGCAUUGGACCCCAGAUCUUCAAGGGAUUUCUCGUCCAGGGCAUCCUGAUGAUGACAAAAGAGAGGGUCGAGCUCUUGUUCGUCUUAUUCCUUCGGUACUUGCAAUCUGUGCGAUCAAAUCAGUUGCGCAAGGCUUCGGAUAUUGCAUCGGCGGCGGCGCGACGCAGCUCUCUUGAUUUUUCGAAGCCACUUGUAACCUCAUGA